AUGUACUUCUCCAAGACCACCAUUGUUUCCUUCAGCCUUUUGGCUUCCUCUUCCCUCGUGGCUGGCCACGCUGCUAUCAUCGGCGCUACCGGUGAUGCAGGCGGUAACGGUACCGCCAUUGGUGUUGACCCCAACACUCCUCGUGACGGUACCAACCGAAACCCCUUCCAACAGGAUGCCACCCGUUUCCGUGGCGCAGCCGCAGACACCUGCGGUGAGACACUCGGCGGAGGUGACAACGACAUCCAGGCCGGUACCGCUCAAGUCAUGGCCCUCAGCGGCGCCACUCUUCCUCAGGUUUCUGCUGGCGGCCAAGUCAUGAUGACAGUCCACCAAGUCAACUCUGACGGUGCCGGCCCUUACACCUGCAUGGUUGACGCAACUGGCACUGGUGCCAACUGGCAAGCCGCCACCGUCACCACCAACCUUCCCGGUAACGACCGUGGCCGUAACCGCGACACUCAGAUGCAGGAUCUUCCCCUCACUGUUUCCAUGCCCGCUGGCAUGACUUGCACGGGUACUGUCGCUGGCCAGAGCAACGUCUGCAUGGUCCGUUGCCAGAACCCCGCUCGUGCUGGUCCUUUCGGUGGCUGUGUUCCUGUUCAGAUGGCCGGUGCCGCUGCGGCUGCUCCUGCUGCUGGUACCGCGCCCGCUGCUGGUACUGCUCCUGCUGCUGGUGCCGCCGCUCCCGCUACCUCUGGAACUGCUGCUGCUCCCGCCGCUGGUGCUGCUGGUGCCGCUGCUCCCGCCGCAGCUGCCCCGGCCGCUAACGGUGCUGUUCCCGCUGCUAACGGUGCUACUGGCGCUACUGGUGCUACUGGUGCUACUGGUGCUACUACCGGUGCCACUGGCGCCACUGGUGCUACCACAGGCUCUACCACCGGCCAAGUCGCAAACGGCGCUGCCCCAGUUGCCAACGCUGGCGGUGCUACUCAGCAAACUGGUGCUACUCAGCAGACCGGAGCUGGCGUUCAAUCCGGUGCUACUGGUGCUACUGGUGCUACUGGUGCUACUGGCGCUACUGGUGCCACUGGCGCAACCGGUGCCACCACAGGCUCAAACACCGCUAUCAACGGCGCCGCUGCUCGCAAGCGUGAGGCCGCCCGCAACCAGCCUGCCCUCACCAACGACGACCAGGAGGAGGAGCUUGACCUCCUUGAGGGCGAGGAUGACAACUAA